AUGGCUCCUUCAAGAGAUGUCGAGUCCCAGCAGGCUAAUCAUGAUGCAGGCUCAAUCUUCUCAGUCUCCGGUCCCGUCAUUAUCGCCGAGAACAUGAUCGGUGUCGCCAUGUACGAACUCGUCAAAGUCGGCAAGGACGGUCUCGUUGGUGAAGUCAUCAGAAUCGACAACGACAAGGCCACUAUUCAGGUCUACGAAGAGACUGCUGGUGUCACCGUUGGUGAUCCCGUCUACAGAACUGGCAAGCCCUUGUCAGUCGAGCUUGGUCCCGGUUUGAUGGAGACCAUCUACGACGGUAUUCAGCGCCCUCUCAAGGCCAUCUCGGACGUCUCCAACAGCAUCUACAUUCCCCGCGGUAUCGAUGUUCCCGCUCUGGACCGCGAAAGAAAGUGGGACUUCAAGCCCGCUGGCUACAAGGUUGGCGACCACAUCACUGGUGGUGACGUCUUCGGUUCCGUCUGGGAGAACUCGCUACUCAACGACCACAAGAUUCUCCUCCCUCCCAGAGCUCGCGGUACCAUCACCCGUAUCGCAGAAGAGGGAAGCUACACUGUCGAUGAGAAGAUCCUCGAAGUUGAGUUCGAGGGAAAGAAGUCCGAAUACAGCAUGAUGCAGGAGUGGCCCGUCCGUGUCCCCCGCCCCGUAAACGACAAGCUCGGUUCAGACUCGCCCUUCAUCGUCGGUCAGCGUGUCCUCGACGCUCUCUUCCCCAGUGUCCAAGGUGGUACCGUCUGCAUUCCUGGUGCUUUCGGAUGUGGAAAGACUGUCAUUUCUCAGUCUGUCUCCAAGUUCUCCAAUUCCGACAUCAUCGUCUACGUCGGCUGUGGUGAACGUGGUAACGAGAUGGCCGAAGUCUUGAUGGACUUCCCCGAACUCACCAUUGAUGUCAACGGCAAGAAGGAACCUAUCAUGAAGCGUACUACCCUCAUCGCCAACACCUCCAAUAUGCCCGUCGCUGCUCGUGAAGCUUCCAUCUACACUGGUAUCACCGUCGCCGAGUACUUCCGUGAUCAGGGUAAGGACGUCGCCAUGAUGGCCGAUUCUUCCUCUCGUUGGGCUGAGGCCCUUCGUGAGAUUUCCGGUCGUCUCGGAGAGAUGCCUGCUGACCAAGGUUUUCCUGCUUACCUCGGUGCCAAGCUUGCCUCUUUCUACGAGCGUGCCGGUCGUGUCACCGCUCUUGGUAGCCCCGAUCGCAAGGGCAGUGUUUCCAUCGUCGGAGCCGUCUCACCUCCCGGUGGUGAUUUCUCAGACCCUGUUACCAGUUCCACUCUUGGUAUUGUGCAGGUCUUCUGGGGUCUCGACAAGAAGCUUGCUCAGCGCAAGCAUUUCCCCUCCAUUAAUACUUCGCUCUCCUACUCCAAGUACACCACUUCGUUGGAGAAGUACUACCAAGAAAACAAUCCCGAGUUCCCUCGUCUGCGUGACCGCAUCAAGGAGCUCCUGACCACUUCAGAGGAUCUUGAACAGGUUGUGCAAUUGGUCGGAAAGUCUGCUCUUGGCGACGGUGACAAGAUUACUCUGGAUGUUGCAACCCUUCUCAAGGAGGACUUCUUGCAACAAAACGGUUACAGUGAUUACGACCAGUUCUGCCCUCUUUGGAAGACUUUCUGGAUGAUGAAGAACAUGAUGGCCUUCCACGACGAGGCCCAGAAGGCUAUUGGCCAAGGUCACGCCUGGAGCAAGGUUAGAGAAGCGACUGGUGAGGUCCAGAGCGAGUUGAGAAGCAUGAAGUUCGAGCUUCCGGACGAUGGUGAGGAGACUGUCGUUAAGAAGUACGAGGAGCUUUUGCAGAAGAUGAACGAGAAAUUCGCUUCCGUCAUGGAUGAGUAG